AUGAUUGCACUCGACGGCGCUACCCUGGAGGGAGGCGGUCAACUGGUACGCGUAGCGUUGGCCUUAUCUGCCAUCCGAUGCAUUCCAAUUCGUAUCGAGAACAUUCGCGCCGGACGUGCCAGUCGUAAUGCGGUGGGAGGACUCAAGGAAUCGCACCUUGCGGCCCUGAAUUGGCUCGCCGAUGCUUGUCGUGCCAAACUUUCUGACGUCGCUGUCGGCUCGCAGAGCUUCACGUUUCGACCGUUGAUGCGAAGAGCCCAGACGAUUGUCAACUUGCCAGCCAAGUCAACAAUAGAGCUUAAGAAGCCUGGGAGUGUCUGGCUCAUACUCCAAGCUAUCCUGCCUUUCAUAGUCUUCAGCACGAACCUUCCGCUAUUGGAGCUUACCAUCAAAGGCGGCACGAAUGUCAGCAGCAGCAUGAGUGGCGAGUAUGUCCAGCAGGUCCUAAUUCCCACCCUGGAUCGGUUAGGGCUACCGAAAAUUGAAGUCGCAAUUCCUCGUCGUGGCUGGGCUGAUGGGAUCGAUGGCGUUGGGGAGGCCUCUAUCCGUGUGUCUCGACCGACAGCGACUGCUUUCAGGCUCUCUAGCUUCGACCUGGUAGAGCGUGGCGACAUUACAAGCCUCUCGGUCACCAUUCUAGCACACUCUCGCUCGUUCGCAGACGCGAUAUUCUCGGCCAUCGGGAGGACGCUGGCUGCUUACGCACUACUCGACAAUCCCCUUCCAACACCAAGCCUCAACUUCAAACAGUCAGGCUCCAGCUCACGGACCUAUGUCCUCAUCGUAGCACAUACUUCCGAAGGGUACCGUCUUGGACGGGAUGUUCUAUAUGGACGAAAAGUCAAGAACGUCGGUGUAGAGGCCGCCCUGGCAGAGACCAUCGCGAACGACGUCGUGAGACAGAUUGCGAGAGAGGUGCACAGCGGCAGUUGCGUUGAUGAGUACAUGGAAGACCAACUCGUGAUCUGGCAGGCAUUGGCUACAGGAGGAUCUCGGGUAGACUCCUCCAGUGCCGGACAAGAGGCAAAUAGCGAAGACUCGUCGGUACAGAGUGCUCCACAGGUCUUAGGCCACAGAAACAGCAAGCACAGUGUUAAGCAGAGAAAAGCAGGAGCGAAGGGAAAAUCAAAGCCCGGAAAUAGCAACGAGCGAGACGUGUCCGAGAGAAUGGCCAACCUCGACAUUGGCGGUCAGGAGGACUCCAGUGACAUGAACGGCGAUAAUGGAGGCUCUCUACAUACUCGCACCGUGCGCUGGGUGUGCGAACAGAUGCUAGGGGACGUCGGAGUCAAGUUUACACCAGGCGGGCGCUGCACAGGUCUCCCCGAAACUGGGAGCGGUGCUAAGAUCGAGGACGACUAA